AUGAACACUAAUAUUACAAUUGAAAGUAAAAAUAUUCAUAAUUCAAGCAAUAAAGAACUGGUCAGUAAUAAUGUGACAAGUAAUAGUACCUCUUUACUUAUUUUGAACGAAAGUGGAGAGGCGAUACAUAAUGAAUUCGUUUUUCAGGAAAUCGAUUUUCUUCUUAAGGAAGAGAAAAAUGAAAAAUCGUCAUAUUUAAAAACAUGCCUGCCAUGUGAUGAUUCAAAUAUAAAUAGCACUUCUCUCAAUCUUCCUUCAAAUUAUCUAAGGAACUAUAAUUAUUUAGAGCUUGAAAAUGGGAUUAAAGUAAUACUAAUUAAUGAUGCAGCAGAUAUGGAGGUAGGAAUUGGAAUUCAAUAUCCAAUAAACUUGAUAGAGGGAUGUAAUGAACUUGGUGGAGUAAGAUUUAUUUCAAAUGUUCUAAUUAAGGGUUUAGAAGAUUACUUGAGAGAAGUAGCAUUAAUAAAGUCAUAUUUUUUGCAUAAUUCGAAGUUUUCGAUAAAUUUCUCUACCAAUGAGAACCUUUUACAAGUAUUGAAAUACUUUUCAGAAUGGUUUGUUAACUUUGAUAUUUCGAUUGAUAAAUUUAUAGAAGCUUAUAAAAUGACAGUUGAUCAGUAUAAUGCAAGACAGGAUGCUCAGUAUACCCGAAUAGUAAAUAAGUUAUUUGAAAUUGCUCAUCCAAAUAGUUACUUCAAGAGUUCAUGCAGUACUUUUUAUGAACCAAUUUUGCAAAAUGAGUAUAAUGAGUAUGAUUUUGCUAAAUUUAGAAAGAAAGUGGUAAAUACUAUCAGGAAUCGUGUUUCAUCGAAUUUACUAUCUUUCAUAAUUACUGCCCCAUGCUCUUUAUAUUGUUCUCAUUUAACCAUUUCAGAAGCUUUAAGCUCUAUGAAAAACAUGAAUUAUAGUAUUCCUGAUACAUUUGAUAAUAAAAAAUAUUCAAUUCCUUUUUCCACAGACAAUUUGAUUGGUAAGAGACUAACAUUACCAAGUAGCCUUCUUAUAAAACAAUUUUUCUUUUGUUUCUUUAUUGAAGAAGUCUUAAAGGCAAAUUUCAGAGAAAUUGAAGGUGCAUUAACAGGAAUUUUUAUCCAUAGUAAGAACUCCCUAUAUUCUCAAUUAAAAGAUAGAGGAUUGAUUAAAAAUAUGAAUAUUAGACUAAUAUUGCCUGAAGAGUCUCCAAUUUUAAUUUUUCGUGUGGAAGUUGAAGACACAGAAAAAAAUAAUCCAGCAGAGAUUUUGAGUAUGAUUCGACAAGCAGUAUAUACUUUUACAGAAUCACCACUAUUGGAAAAGUAUGUUAUGAAUUACUUUAAGAUACGUUAUGCAAAGUUUUCUAAAGUAUUUGCAACUUCUUCGACGAGUGAUGUCAUUUUUAAAUUGUUUAAUACUAUUGGCUUUGAUCCAUUAGAAGAUGUUAACAAUAUAAUUAAACCCAAUGCACUUUUGGAAUCUGUUGAAAUGGUUUUGAGUUAUACAACUUUUGAUCACUUUUUUUUGAUUAGGAGUAAUAAUUCAAUUUUAGAAGAAAUAGAAAAUAAAACUGUUGAGAUAGAUAAUAUUGAGAUAGAAUUUUGGAAUUCAAUAAAUGGAAAUUUAUUAUCUUUAUAUAAUCCAGAAGAACCAGAAGUUAAUUUAUUACUACCGAUUACAUCAAAUAUAACAGAUAAUAAUAUUAAUGAAAAAGAAAUGAUUUCAAAUAUUUCAAAAAUAGACUUUUCUUAUACUGAAAAUAAAACUUUAAUUGAUCCAUAUAAUGAUAAAGUUUUUUUAAAUAUAAUAAAUGGAUUUCAAAGACCUUCAAGAAUAAAUUUUUUUAGAUUUAAUAUAUUGCAAGAAAAUAUUUUUUCUAUUAAAUCAAUACUAUUUAAAUGUUUUAUUAUAUUUGCAAUGAAUAUAUUUUUAAAACCAUAUAAAAAUAUAUUGGCAGUAUCAUCAGUUGAUCUUAAAUUAGAUUGUGGUUUAACUCAACAAAGAGAUUUAGAAUUAGGAUAUGACUCAAUUUCAAUUUAUAUGAGUUCACAUUCACAAGUAUUUGCUCAAUUACUAAAUUAUACAUCUUAUUCAUUUAACAAUGCAACAUCAUUAAAUGAGACAAAUUUUCUUAAUAUAUUAAAAGAAUAUAAAGAAUAUGUAAAAAAUGAGUACACAAAUACUUCAGGUAUUUUUUAUGCAAAAUCAAUAUUAAAUGGCAUGAUAAAUCCAUCUUUUCCAUCGUAUUCAAAAUAUAUUAAAAUAAUUGAAAGAGUAAAUUAUAAUGAUUAUAUUGAUUAUUGUGAAUCAAUGAUAUCUUUUAAUAAUAUUAAAGGUUUGGUAUCGGGUAAUAUAUCAAUAUUAGAAGGAAAAGUGUUACUUUCAAAUUUUAUUAAUUCAUUAAAUUUGGGUAAUAUUAAAUCAAAUUUGAAUGAUCCAUAUUCAUAUAAUUUACCAAUUUUAAUGAUAUGUCCACAGCCAAAAAUGGGACGUCAUUUUAUAUUAAAAAGAGAUCAGGUAGAUACUUCAAGUAUGGUAAAUCUUGUUUUAAUAUCAAUAAUGAUUGAUAAUAAUAUAAAGAAUAUAUUAAUGCUUAAUAUUUUAGAAACAUCAAUAUUUAAAUUAUCAGAAUUAGCAUAUUUAGAUAAAGUAAAUUUAAGUUUAAAAUGGGAGAUAAAAAAAAAUUAUAUUCAGUUAAAUAUAUUAAGUUUAUCUCCAAUAAGAUAUGGUGAUAAUGGGAUUGAGCCAAUAAUAGAAUAUUCAACAGAGGUAUUAAAGCGCAUAUAUAAUUUUGGUAAUCAUAUGGAAUUGAAAGAAAAGAGUUUUUUGAGAAAAUCAAAAAGAAUAAUAACUAUAAAAAGAGAUUCAGAGGAGACCAGAUUUAAUCAAUUAUAUUAUUCAUUUAUGAUGAGAAGAAAGCCAUAUAUGCAACCUUCAUUACUUAAAGAAUUUGAGAAUAUAAGAGGAAAAGAUUUUGUUGAAUUUGCAAAUAAUGUUAAGAAUAGUUCAACAUAUAUAAUAAUAAUAUCAUCUCAUCAACAGACAAAUAAGAAUACGGAGAAUGAGAUGAUAGGAUUUACUAUAACUGAAGGAUAUCCAAAUACAUAUUAG